UUGGCAUCGGAUUUUAUAAAAGGCCUGUUUGCGCAUGCGUGCUCCUAUAUUUCCGGAAAUACUGGACGAUUAAUAAUUUACAUCCAAAUAUCCACGAAUUUAAUAAUAUUGAUAGUCGAUAUACGUGAAAAAGCCGGCAUUAUGCAGACAAUUAAGUGUGUGGUGGUGGGAGACGGUGCUGUGGGUAAAACGUGUCUCCUUAUUUCAUAUACUACAAACAAAUUCCCAUCAGAAUAUGUUCCAACAGUGUUUGACAACUAUGCUGUAACAGUGAUGAUUGGUGGGGAGCCCUACACCCUGGGUCUGUUCGACACAGCAGGUCAGGAGGACUAUGACAGACUUCGACCGCUCAGCUACCCACAGACUGAUGUUUUCCUAGUCUGCUUCUCAGUUGUGUCUCCCUCUUCAUUUGAAAAUGUCAAAGAAAAGUGGGUACCAGAGAUCACCCACCACUGUCAACGGACCCCGUUCCUGUUGGUGGGCACACAGUCUGACCUACGGGACGACGCCUCCACUAUAGAGAAGCUCACCAAGAACAGACAGAAGCCCGUCUCGCAAGAGUACGGCGAGAGGUUGGCACGUGAAUUGCGUGCAGUCAAAUACGUGGAGUGUUCAGCUCUCACGCAGAAAGGACUCAAGAAUGUGUUUGAUGAGGCCAUUCUGGCUGCCCUGGAGCCGCCAGAGCCCCAGAAGAAGAGGAAGUGCACGCUCCUUUAACUGCUUCAACUCUCAUAGACUCACUCUUGUACACCUCUAUGUCUAGAGGCCUUGGCAAUCUAACAGCUGGCCACUCUUGGAAAUCAUUGCAUACAAAGACAAAAAAUCUUGUGUGGGCGAAUUAGGCAUUAUAAACAAUAUUGUUAGAACAAGACAAAUUAGUGUUUAAGUAAAAAAGAAGUUAGCCAAAUUGACCUGAAGAGUUGUUAGUUUGAUUUGUUUGGCCACUUUCUACUGUGAAUGCACUAUUCUAUGACUUCUGUCAUUUUGUUUGCCACAUGUUAAUAAUUUUGUUUGUUUUUUAAACCAUCAUCGUUUUUAUAAUACAGUAAAAUUUUAAAUUAUUAAAUAAUUAAAAUGUAUUUGGAAUUUAAUAGGUUAACAUUUGUUGUUUAUUUGUUUAAAACUUUUCAUUCAGCUUAGGUUAUAGAUGCUCAUUGAAUAAGAAAACACACAAGACAGAACAUGGUAUCGCAUAGUCAAGCAUGCACGAGUCGCUCUGUGUCAUAAGUCGUAUGCAUUUUCUUUGUAUCUAUGCUUAAAGUAGUAAUAUGGAGGAUAAUAUGUCUUUGCUUUUUUUUUACAUAUGUGACAUCCUUAGAGUGAGCCAGUUUUCAAUGUUAAAGGAAUGUGGUAUCUUAAAUAUUUAAAAAUACAGAAAUGGAAAGCAUUAUUUGUUAAAUUUGAAUCUUAAUCGAAAAAUUAUAAAAUAAAAACAUUUGAGGAUUGGUAUGUGUAUGUUCAGUACCAAAAUUACUUUUAACACUUACAUGUUCAUUAUAUAAUGCAGUUUAUUUCUAUGUAAAAAUGAGUGUAUAUAUGUUAGUCAUAUAACUGACAUGAUAUUUUCUGAUUGCAUCUCAUCCUUCUCUUGUAUUAUCUGUGUCCACUUUCAACGUUGCAUUUCUAUACAUACUACUUCUUAAAUGUCCUUUCUUCAUAAGGGGUCACAAGAGGUGUUGGCACAUUGAUUAUGCAUGAUGUAUAUAGUAUGUACCACAAUCUUAAUGAUAGCCUAGUUUAAAAAUACUCUUGUUAGUUAAUGAAAGCAUUUUGAUUUAUUUGGAAUAACAAAUAGUAAAAUGAUCAGUUGUUUGUUGAAGCCAAUUUUAAGUUUCAAUACAUUGUUGUUUAUUUGGAACUGAGACUGUACUUUUACUUUGUUUAUCAUAGCAACGUUUGUCCAACUUGUCACAUAGCAGCUACCUGCCUGGAUUUGUAUGCCAGAAAAUGUUUGUAAUCCAUUAAAGAGGUAGAGAUUGUACAUCACUGGAUCGAACAAUUGUUUCAUUUUCGUGUCAUUUUGGAUUCAAUUGUUAUAUUGUGGUUUGACCUUUCACCAGUUCAUUUCUCUGAAGAUAUUUCAUGAACGUUUGUUGUACACAGGAAUGGAAGAUUGUAUGAAGUAAGUGCUUAUUAUGAACAGUAGGCCCCCUCAGUCAUAUUCCACAAGCUAUUAUUACUGAUAUUUAAACCCUGCAUGUGUUUGAAGAUUUAGUUAGACGGUAGUGCUUUAAGAUGUAUGUAUGUGUAUGCAAAACAGUUGUGCAUUAUUUAAGUCUGCCGUUGGACUAAUGUUUAUUAUGCGAUAUAACCUGAGGUGUAGCGUAUAAUGUUUAACUUUAAAAUAUAUGUUGCUGUUUAUUCUCUUUUUCUUUAGGAAUAAUGUUUUUAUGUAAAAAAAACUGUGUGAAGAAUUUUUCAUUGGUUAUAACGUGUAUGUUCAUGUAGUAAGACUUUAUAUUCGAAGUGAUAGAUUUAUAAAGAGCUGCCUUUCAAGGUAAUUAUGUUCCUGUUUUUAGUUGAUAGUAUUUAUUAGUAAUGAUUUUCACCAUCAUCAUACAAUCCAAAUAAAAUAACAGUUCUUUAAGCAUAUUUCUGAGUUACUUCCCUUGUAUUUAUUUUUCGUAGAUUGAUAGUAAGUUAUACAGUCCCUAUCAAUGGAAGUUAUUUCUCUAAGCAAGUUAAGCUGAUUGAACAAAAAAAGAGAUUUUUCAUGCCACAUUUUUACUGCAUUUGGAUUCUUAUUCUGGGAAACCAGUUUUUAUGACUAGCAGACAACUGUAUUUUGUGUUAUUUCAUGGCAACCCUUUUUGGUAUACAUGUAUCUUUAUUUGUUCAUACACCCAUUCAUGCUUCUAAAUAUUAUUCUGUACAUUUUCUUAACAAUAAAUAAUCAUAACAUAUA